CUUUCUUUUUACAAGAAAACCCUUGUCUCCACCUCCUCCUCACUGCAAAACCCUACAAAAAACUCAACCUUUAAUCAAAAAACUCCUCCUUUGGCUUUUACUAACAACCAAAACCAUAAAACCCUUCCAUGGAACAAGCUCAAGGACCGGAAGAAUUCACUCUGGUGACGAGAAAGCCAUGUUUUGGUCUCCCCACAGCCUGCCCAACUUGCUUGCCUGUUUACAUUUAUCUCAAACUCGCUCACUUUCCCUUUCUCUUGGCUUUCAACUCUUCGUACCCUGACUCUGAUCAAAUUCCUUACGUUGAGUCGGGGACUUAUGUGGCUUAUAAUAAUGAGAAUGGUGGAGUUAUUGGACGUUUAAAGGAAGAUGGCAUUGUUGAUUUGGACAGUGAAUUCCAGUCGAUCCCAGAUUGGAUAACAACAAAAGCAAUGAUUAAUUCAUGGCUUGCAGAUGCACUUACAUAUGAACUUUGGGUGGGAACCGAGGGAAGUUGUGCUCGCAAGAUUUAUUACUCUGAUCUAGCGUGGCCGAUUGGGAAGGUGUUAUUCCUACUGCAAAUACGAGCAGUAAAGCAGCAAUUUGGGUUAACUAAAGACAAUACCGAGCGAAGGGAAGAAGAGAUUUACAGGAGAGCGAACAUUGCAUAUGGAGCUUUGUCUAGUAGAUUAGGGGAGCAUAACUUUCUGUUUGAGAACAGCCCUUCAAGUGUGGAUGCAGAUCUUCUUGCUCAUGUUCUUGUCACUCUUCAAGUAUUACCAGAAACCUCAGUUCUCCGGAGUAAACUGUUAAAUCAUGAUAAUCUUGUAAAAUAUGCUGAAAAACAUAAGGCGGAGUUUAUAGAGGAUGGUCCAUCAUCUUCUGUCCCAAAGUUCCGCGCAGACCCUUCAUCAUCAACUCCCAGAAAAGGUCCCUCAAAUUGGAAAUCAAAGCCAAAGCCAAAGCCAAAGAGGGAAAAGACACAGGAGGAGAAAACUUUCAGAAAACGGGCCAAAUACUUUUUGGCAGCACAGUUGUUUGCAGUUGUACUCUUUCUGUCUGUUAUGGGUAGAUAUGAUUCUUCGGACCUUGAUGAUGAUGAAGACCUCGGUUUUGAGUGAAGUCAUGACUUUAUGAACUUUGGUUUUUCAAUACCAACACUUUUUCCAUGACUGCCAGUUGGCGCUGACUGCAUGAAGAGGAUGAUGCUUCUUACUCCCCUUUCAUUUUUGUAGUUUCAUUUUGUAACUUUGGAUAAUAAACAUUCAUAAAACUCAAAGUUAUGGUAUGUGCAGUAGCUCAAUUUAUUUUUGGUGGCUCAGUGAAAAUAAAAAUAAAAAAGAUGAAAGUCUUGUUGGAUAUUAAUAUCUGACUUUGAUUUGCAAAGUUUACAUUGAAAUUUGAGUUGUAUGGAAACAAAGAAUCAUCAUAUGAGUUUGAGAACUUCAGGGGUCCCUGUUUCUCCUUGUUAAAUGAUUGUCGUCGCGUUUUUUCAUGUAGAUCAGUCAAAUAUGUGUCAAGUAAUAGAAUGAUAUGAUAGUUCAUGUGAGAAGCUGUAUAAAGACUAUGGAAGGUAUCAACUUCUU